GACGGAAGAUCCAAGAUGGCCGAUCAGGAGCAGCUCAGGAUUGCAGCUCCCAGUGAAAACGCAGAGGAAAGUGGCAUGUUAGCCAAGGCUUUCAUUGACCAAGAGAAACUCAGCCCAGAUGAUGUCAUGACUUGGCUGGCCCUUCAUGAACUGAAAAAUCUCACCCAGUAUAACUGGCUUUUGGAUGGUUUCCCAAGGACACUUCCACAGGCAGAAGCUCUAGAUAGAGCUUAUCAGAUCGACACAGUGAUUAACCUGCAUGUGGCCUUUGAGGUCAUUAAACAACGCCUUACUGCUCGCUGGAUUCAUCCUGCCGGUGGCCGAGUCUACAACAUUGAAUUCAACCCUCCCAAAACUGUGGGCAUUGAUGAUCUGACUGGACAGCCUCUCAUUCAGCAUGAGGAUGAUAAACCAGAGACGAUUAUCAAGAGACUAAAGGCUUAUGGAGACCAAACAAAGCCAGUCCUGGAAUAUUACCAGCAAAAAGCGGUGUUGGAAACAUUUUCUGGAACAGAAACCAACAAGAUUUGGCCCUACAUAUAUGCUUUCCUACAAACUAAAGUUCCACAAAAAGCCAGAAAGCUUCACUUACUCCAUGAGGAGAAAUGUGUAUAACUAUUAAUUGUAAGAUGGGCAGACCUCCUAGUCCUUGCAUUUAGAAGCUGCUUUUCCUAAGACUUCCAGUAUGUAUGAAUUCUUUGAAAAUUAUAUUUUAUUUCUACUGAUUUUAUUCUGGAUUAAUUUUAUUUCUACUGAUUUUAUUCUGGAUACUAAGAAUGUGCCAAAUGAGUCAGAUACUAAGAUUCAUCCUUUGAAAUCAACUAGUGUGUUUUAUUCAGUUAUCCUCAAAAACAUCAGUCAUGUCUGAACUUUUAAAACAUCUGUUAGAGCAAAAUUAAAAGAGCAUUUGGUAGUAAUCUAACGUUUUGUUCAGUUAAUAAGUGGUCAGUAAAGUUUCCAUAUUUUUCUGGAAAAGUUAAAAAAAGUUACAUGCCAUUUGGGGAAAAUGUCAGAUAUUUUUGCCUAGAGUGAUGCCAAAAAAGACAUUUCUAGCAUUUUGGAACAUAGUGAGACACUAUGUAAAAUUCCAGAAAGCAAGCAACUGGAUUUACAGAUUUGUUGUAAGACACAAAUUCACUGCUGCCUUUACACUAAGAAAUGUAUAUGCUAACCACAUAUGCUGUAUUUAUUUUGUUGUUAACCAUACUUUGUUUACUCUGAAUUUUCGAUUUGCUAUAAAAAUUUACCAAUUCACAUAAAGAAAAAUCUUACUUUAAGAUGACUCGUUUCCUUUGAAAAUGCAUGUGUACUGAGGAUUAUGAUUUAUAUCAGAAAUUGACAUUAUAAGUCCUUGGACAAGCACCAAAGUUGAAUGAAUUUUCAACAAAAUGUAAUUAAAGUCUGUUUUCAGAUGUGACUCAGGUUAAGAAA